AUGUCGGUAAACCAACUUAGCAAAGGCGCAGUAAAUGAAGCCUGCACUUCUGGUCAGAUUAACGAAGGUGUUGUUCUUCAGAUUGUACAAGUAGGAGACAAAAAGCCAAACUCUCAAAGAAGAAUCGCAUUAAGUGAUGGCUCCUUCGUUGUCACAGGUGUUGUUUACGGUCAUGCUGAAGACCUCUUCAAUAACGAUGAAGUCAAGGUCAACAGUAUCAUUGCUCUUACAAACUGCACAUUUACAUCGGCCAACGGCAAACAUUCAGUUAAUGUGAACGAUUUUGAUGUUAUACAGCUUGAUGUUCCAACUCAACUUGGCUCUCCAGUCAAAUGGACUCCAAAUGCAAAGGCAGAAAAGGAAACAAAUACUCCAGCCCCAUCUGCAAAAGCAGCUCCACCACCACCUCGCGCAGCUCCACAUCCAACACGCAGUGUUGCUCAAGCCCACUUUGCCUCAAUCAGUUCUCUCUCAGCAUACAUUUCUAAUUUCACUAUUUUGGCACGUGUUGUCAAGAAAGAGUUCAAGAACCUAGAGUCCAAGGGUCUUAAGAUUCUCACUCUUAUCCUUGCUGAUAAGUCAGGCGAUAUCAAGGCAACGGCUUGGCGUGAUCAUGCAGAAAAAUUCAAUGAGCUCGUUGAAGAAAACCAAGUUUACGCAAUAACUGGUGGAAAAGUCUCAUUUGCUAAGAAACAAUACAAUCCUACAAAGCACGAUUGUGAAAUUACUUUUGAUGGUAAUACAAAAUUCGAGCUUGUCAAUAAUGCUGAUACAGAAGAGAUUGGCAAGACAAAGUUCAACUUUGUUAAGAUCUCAGAAAUCGAUAAUCUUGCAAAAGAUGCAACAGUCGAUAUAGUCGGUGUUGCAAUUGAUAUCCAACCAUCUCAGAUGAAAAGACUUAAGACAGGCCGUGAAGUUAACCAUCGUAGUAUUGAAAUUGCCGAUGAUUCAGAUCGCAAGAUUGAAUUAAAUCUUUGGGACAGAAACUGCGAUCUUGUUCAAGAAGGUUCCAAUCCAAUCAUUGUUCUUAAGGAUGCUAAGAUCGGUGAAUUCAAUGGAAGAAAGAAUCUCACUGUUGGAACUUUAAUUCAAGUUGAUCCAUCAGAUAUCCAAGAAGCCAACGAUCUCCGCGAAUGGUAUUCAGGAAACCCAUCAUUAAGCUCCAUCAAAGCAUUGUCAUCCACUGGCGGUGUUGAUAAUUCAAACAGAAGAACACCAAUUGUCAUGAUUAAAACAAUCAUGGACGAAAACCUUGGUGGAAAUGGUCAUACAGACUACUUUGAUGUUAUUGCAUCCAUUUAUAACAUUACUCCACAGCGUUCAUUCUUCUAUCUUGCAUGCCCGAAUGAAAAGUGCUCAUUCAAGGGUCUUAAAGAUCGCGAUGGCGGUUUGUUCUGUGAAUCAUGUGGAAAUAUGAUUACAGAUCCUGUUCCCCGCUACAAUUACAAGAUCGGAAUUACAGAUUUCACAGGAACAGUAAUGUUUGUUCAAGUAUUCGGCGGUGGCGAGAAUAUCGAUAGAAUUAUGGGUAUGAAUGCCGCUGAAUUCAAGAAAGAGCUUGAAUCACUUGAUGCUGAAGACAAAAUUGCAGCAAUGUUAGAUAAAGUUACUAAUAGGCUCAAGGGAAAGGAAUUCAUGUUCAGACUUAAAGCAAAUGAAAAUGUUUAUAAUGAAAAAUCUACAAUCAGAUUUAAUGUUGUUAAUACAUUCGAAGUUAAGUACGAUACUGCUUCCAAGAGGUUACUUGAAGAAAUUGCAAAAUAUUCCGAAUAA